AUGGCCUAUACUAAGGAACAUAAGGUAUUGUUUGAAACUCGCAUGUUGUCUAAGGAAGAUAAAGACUGGUGGGACAAUGCGUGCCAGGGACUAGAGGUUGUUGGUGUUGAGAUCACUUGUGUUGUGUUUAGGGUGCAAUUCCUUAAGAAGUACUUUCCUGAGGAUGUGCGUAGCAAGAAGGAGAUUGAAUUCCUUGAACUUAAGCAAGGAAAAAUGACAGUUGCAGAGAAUGCUACCAAGUUUGAGGAAUUGGUGAAGUUUUAUCCUCAUUACAUUGGUGUGACUGUGGAGGGGUUGAAGUGCAUUAAGUUUGAAAACAGAUUGCAUCCUGAGAUUAAGCAGGGUAUUGCCUAUCAAAAGAUUCACAUGUUUCAUAUGCUGGUGAAUAGGUGUAGGAUUUAUGAUGAGGACUAUGGGGAUCGUUAUGCUCACUAUAAGAGCAUUAGUGAGAAAAGGGGAAAGAACUAG